CAGCGCACGUAAAGCUUAAAUUUCAUCAUGUGGCCCCACUGCUACACUCAUUUUUUAAAGGAAUUAUUUUGGUGUGGAUUACAACAAACUUGGGGCGAUAUGCAUAAAAAUAAAAACAUCAAAAAGACAUCAUCAGCUCUUAUUCGUCAAAAGCGUGCGUCUUCUUCAUCUAGAUUAUCUAGAAAUCAGCCCGAUCCAUCGCCGGAGACUCCCGCUUUAUCAGUUCAAAACCCCUUACAACAGAUUCCUGAAGGCUGUGUCCGAAUUAUGAAAAAUGGUCAGGAAGUUGGACUUGGCGUUAUAGUGGCUCCACGUACCAUCGUAACGAAGGCUAGCAUUUUUAACGAGAGAGCGCGAUAUCGUUUUGUAUUCUACCAAAAUGGAAAGCUAACGAGCCGAGAAGUUGAAGGUAUCAAGCCAAACAGGAGAUACAAUUUCAUACUGGAAGGAGCUGACGGAGAGAAUGAUGUUUGCAUGGCUGACACUUCUAAAACUGAGCCUGAAAUGCCAAAGAAAAGAUUCGUAUCCAAGUUGAUUAGGGAAUCAGGAAUUUUUAAACACACGGAACAAAUUCGGUGGAUCUUUUCCAGAACAGGAUGUUCUGAGCAAGACCUGUUCUUUUAAGUUUUUUUUUUGCUCGAAAUAUAGACAUUGGGGGGUACUAUUUUGAUGUA